GAAUAUCCCUGCACAAAGCCGAUGAUCUGCAAAGUUGGGAAAUGGACAUCCAGGUCCUAGACGACAACCCUCUUUACCGAGGCGAGACAUAUAGGCUCAGGUUCACAUUCAGCUCGAAAUAUCCUAUUGAACCUCCAGAAGUCCAGUUCAUUACAGACUCCCAAUCUCAGCCGCAAUUCACUCGUUCCUCCGCUCCAUCGUCGACAGCAGGUGAACACCAACCAUCGAAUGCCGAGCAUCAAACAUCAACCGCUGCCGUCAAGCGGCCCAUUCCAAUCCAUCCGCACAUCUACAGCAACGGCAUUAUAUGUCUCGAUCUGCUGAGUUCAGCGGGGUGGUCACCUGUUCAGACGGUCGAGAGCGUCUGCAUGAGCAUACAGAGUAUGCUAACGGCGAACACACGCAAUGAGAGACCGCCUGGCGAUAGCGAAUUUGUCUCUUACAAUCGGCGUCGCCCGAGGGAUAUCAAUUUCAUGUACGAUGACGAUAAUGUUUAGGGCCUGAAGAUAAAAAAAUAGGCCUUGGGAGUAUUCGGUUCCGUAAUAGUUUGGGCAUUGUUGCGAUGGUCUCUCUGCAUAUAUUCAGGCGCACAAUAUCAUGAUAACAUCUCUUUGUUCAGUCUGUUUCUCUGCUCCUUGUUGGUCUCGUUCGGGCAUUGUACUAAAUGAGCAGCUGGGAUUGGUUGGUGAAGUAGGGUGUUCAUGUCCCUUCUGGUUCGGCAGGCACUUUUAUAUGAGCAUACGGUUACAGCUCCCUUUACUAGAGAUAUCCAAUCCGAUAUUCAGUCGGUGUU